AUGCACUGGUUGUCACCGUUUGUCGGACUCCUCGCCUUGGCCGCUGCGGCUCCCAGCCCCCCGGCCACGUUCACGGAGCCAGUCAAAGGCAUUGACAACAAAGUCUUCAAGCGGAUCGUGCAUUUCCUCAAGAUUGCCCAAGCGACCUAUGCCGGAGACUCGUGCCACAUCAAGAAUGUUCCCCGGCUGGCCACCUUCUACAACGCGACGACGGACAUUUACGGCUGGAUCUCGCGCGACGAUGCGACGCGGGAGCUUAUCAUCAGCUUCCGGGGCACUGUCAGCGACAUCAACCAUGACCAGAACCUAAACUCUACGCUGGCUGAUAUGUCGGCCACUUUGCCCGAGUGUGUGGGAUGCAAGUCGCACGGCGGCUACUACCUGAACUGGCUGUCUAUCCAGGAUCAGGUGUAUGCGCGACUCCAAGAGCAGCAAGAGGCUUAUCCGGACUACAGUCUCAUUGUGACAGGGCACAGUCUCGGCGGCGGACUGGCCGGCAUCAGCUCAGCCCACUUCCUCGCGCGCGGCCUGCGCCUGACAACCUUCACCUACGGCGAGCCGCGCAUCAGCAACCCAGCCUUCGCAGACUGGCUCGACUUGCACUUCAAGACGGGUUCGCUCAAGACGACAGGCUACCUCCGCACGACACACGCCAACGACGGUAUUAUCCCGAUACCCGCCACCAGCUUAGGGUAUCGCCAUCAGGGACUCGAGCUGUGGGCGCUCGACCCGCCUAGUGCACAAAACACGUGGGUUUGCCCGCCUGAGGGGUUCUGCGCUGAGGCGUCAAACAAUGGGACGGGUAUCAAUACGCCGCAUAUCUUUUACUUUGGUGUUGGCAGUGGGAACUGCACGAAGACGGUAUGA